CAUAGUCGUACCUUCCUCCAAAUCCAUAUCUGUAUUUCUGUUUAGACGCCGCCCUCACUUCCACUCUUCUCCCACUCUUCAUCCAUCCUCACUCCUUGUCAAUCUCUUCAUUCCCUCCCACUUUGACCCUUCACCUCACAUGGUCACAAUCUGAGCUUUCAAGAUGCUUGCUCCGUUUGACUAUUUCGACCACCGUCGCACCGUUGCCAUCAAGCAAUCCGAACGAGCCUCUCGCUUCGCCUCUCUCCCCCCCUCCUAUACCGGUCCCCUGACUGCUCAACAACGCACCAUCCUUGCCACUCCAAUCUCCUCCCUGGUCCAACAAGUUCACAACGCCUCCAUCUCCCCUCUCGAUAUCCUGCGCACUUAUGGCAAGACCACCACCAUCGCCCAUGCUCGCACCAAUUGUGUCACCGAGCUCAUGCUGCCUACUGCAGAACAGUGGAUCGACGACGGACAAGUUAACCUCGACGGACCUCUCGCUGGCAUCCCCGUCUCUCUCAAGGACAGCAUCGCCGUUGGAGGCUUUGACCUCUCCGUAGGCUUCUCCCGCUACGCUUUGAAUCCUGUCAAGGAGGACGGUGUCAUCGUCAAACUGCUCAAAAAGGCCGGUGCUGUCCCCCACGUCAAGACUGCCUUGCCCAUCACAUUGUUGUCUUUUGAGUCGGCCAACGACCUCUGGGGUGUCGCCAAGAACCCUCAUAAUCCAAAAUAUUCCCCCGGAGGUAGCACUGGUGGUGAAGGCGCCCUCCUCGCUCUUAACGGCUCGAGGAUCGGUAUCGGUUCUGAUGUCGCAGGCUCAGUACGUGCCCCUGCUGCUUGGUCCGGCGUCAACUCCAUCAGGUGCAGUACUGGCAGAUGGCCCAAAGUCGGCAUCAACACCAGCAUGCCCGGCCAAGAAGGUAUUCCUAGUGUCUUCUCCCCCAUGGCAAGGACUUUGGACGAUCUCAUCUACUUCACAAAGAGCUUCAUUGGAAUGAAGCCCUGGGACGUGGAUUACACCGUCCAUCCCAUCCCCUGGAGAGAGGACCUGUUCCAACAGGUCCAAGCCGGUAAGAAGCUGCGAGUUGGUUACAUGCCCUCGGAUGGUGUCGUGGAUCCCUCCCCUGCCAUCAGACGUGGCUUGGACUUGACUGCCGAUGCCUUGCGCAAGGCAGGACAUGAUGUUGUUGAUAUACCUGUGUCUGCAUUUCCUCCUUCUGCCACCCCCGAGUUCGGUCUCCAGGUCGCCUCUAUGCUCCUCUGCGCCGAUGGAGGCAACACCUUUCGUCGACCCUUCCACACCUUUGAGUCCAAUGAUCCCGGCGCCGCCCAGAUCAACUUUUACGCCGCUCUUCCGCGGCCCUUGAAGUAUCUCUGGUAUCUCUGGACACGCUACGUCAAACGCGAUGCGCUCUGGGCCGGCAUCCUCCGCCACUUCCACCCCCUAUCCGCCGACCAGCAGUGGACAUGGGUGGCCAAGCGUGAGGCCUACCGAGCAACCUGGUUCGACUGGUGGAAUUCCCCUGACCAGUCCUUUGAUUUCAUCCUUACUGCCGGCAAUGCUACCCCCGCCCUCCCCCACGGCGCCAUGCACGAUGCCGUCAGCUCCUGUGGAUACACCUUCCUCUGGAACCUCCUCGACUACUCCGCCGGAAUUGUCCCCGUCACAAAGGUCGACGCCAUCCAAGAUGCGCUGGACCCCAAGACCUUCCGUCCGAAAAACGGCAUCGAGAAAGGUGCCUACAAGUACUACGAUAGCGUCAAGAUGGCCGGCUUGCCCAUCGCAGUCCAGGUCGUAGGGCGCCGCCUGAGCGAGGAAAAGACCCUGGGUUGUAUGCAGGUGGUUGAAGAUGCCUUGCGGGCUAGCGGCCUGGUCUAUCAACACCUCGACCCCGAGAACCUUCCAGAAUUGGACUGAUCCGCGGGCAGCGAGGACCUGAAAUGGCUCAACCAGGGUUUUGCCUGCUGACAGCUAUUAUUGCGUAGCGAAUGUGAAUACGAUGGCAAGACAAGAAUGUGCAAUCACUCGUCUGAAAAUUCUUCAUAUCUUGUGCAUAUAUAACCUGGUCAUGCUUGGUCCGUCCCACUUGAAUCACAUCCUUUUGCUCCUGCGAUCCACAAUCUGUCAAGAAUCUUACAAGACCUUUUUCCCAGUCUCCAAAGCGCCCCCGCUAAACCGAUCCACCACAAAACUCCUGGUUGAUUACGAAAAAUAUGCCGGCUUUAUCUUGGUCUGUUGCCAAUGCCCGGUGGCUUUCCCCCAGAAACACAACUGUGCCAGCCUCUGCCCUUCAUGCCCAUCAACGCAUCAUUCUUCAUCGGGGGUCCAUGUCACCUGAGGGGUGGACUCAAUGUGCAGGUCGUCCAUAGAUUUCGGCAGCGCUGCCUUCGACUCCCGCGGAAUCCGGGCUGUAGUGGAUGUGGUCGCUGGCACGAUGCUGUUGCACAAAUCCCAUCGUAGACGGACGAUCUUCCAACACAUCUGCUCCAUGAGCGCCAAGCGCGCCCCCGGCAUCGCGCAGAUCCGUGGCAUGAGAUCGCACAGCCAUGUUUUCAUCGCCAUCUCGCAGCACGCUCGAAUUGGUCGACUCGGCUCCCGUCGAAUAUCGCUUGUUGUGUCCCGAAGACAUCUGCGCGCUUGCAAAUGGUAUUCGAUUCACCCCGAGAUUCUGUGAUGCACUCUUAUUGUAUGGGCUGCUGUGAUAGGCAUAUGACGAUGGCCCGACCCCAGACAUCCUUGGACGACCG